GUUUUCCUCCUUUUGUCUCUUCCUUCUUCCCUCUUUGUCUCCACCCCUUCUUCCUUUCCUCUCCCGGUUGGUAGGCUCGGAAUUAAUUACGAACUACUCUUCCCAGCUUGCUGUUCGCAGGGAGUAGCUGAGAGGCUAGGGCCAAUCCCCCAAAGCCCAGAGUCGACGGGGCUGCUGGGAAGUAGAGUCCAUUUCCUCUCAGCACUGCGAGGCUGGAGGCGUGAAGGAGUCACGUAAACAAACUACAGCUCCCGGCAGCCCCCGCGCGCAACAGGUCAGGGCUAGGCUGCGCCGGGUUCGUGGUGGGGCUGAGGCGGCGGCGGCGGCUACGGCUGGAGGAGCCGGGCUGGAGCCCGCCGCGGAGGCCGUGGCUUGUACUGCGAGGGUGGCGGGGAGGGACGGGAGAGGAAGAUGGCGACGUCGGGGGCGAAUGGGCCUGGCUCGGCCACGACUUCAGCUUCCAAUCCGCGCAAAUUUAGUGAGAAGAUCGCGCUACAGAAGCAGCGUCAGGCCGAGGAGACGGCGGCCUUCGAGGAGGUGAUGAUGGACAUCGGCUCCACCCGGUUACAGGCCCAAAAAUUACGGCUGGCAUACACAAGGAGCUCCCAUUAUGGUGGUUCUCUGCCCAAUGUCAACCAGAUUGGCUGCAGCGUGGCUGAGUUCCAGAGCCCGCUCCACUCGCCUUUGGAUUCAUCAAGGAACACGCGGCACCAUGGGCUGGUGGAACGGGUGCAGCGAGAUGCCCGCAGAAUGGUGUCCCCUCUCCGCCGUUACCCUCGCCAUAUAUCCUUCACAGAAGAUUUGGGGGGUCUGGUCUGGUCCUCUCCACCAUUUUCCUUAACUGGUGCUAUUCACAUUGACAGCUCUCCUUAUAGUCCUGCUUACUUAUCUCCUCCUCCAGAGUCCAGCUGGAGAAGGACAGUGCCCUGGGGGAAUUUCUCUGCAGAGAAGGGGCAGUUGUUUCGACUACCAUCUGCACUUAACAGGACAAGCUCUGACUCUGCCCUUCAUACAAGCGUGAUGAACCCCAGUCCUCAGGACACUUAUCCAGUCCCCACAACUUCCAGCAUCCUGCCCAGCCGACGUGGGGGUUUUCUGGAUGGUGAAAUGGACUCCAAAGUCCCUGCUAUUGAGGAGAACUUGCUAGAUGACAAGCAUUUGCUGAAACCAUGGGAUCCUAAGAAGCUGUCCUCAUCUUCCUCCCGACCUCGGUCCUGUGAAGUCCCUGGAAUUAACAUCUUUCCAUCUCCUGACCAGCCUGCCAAUGUGCCUGUCCUCCCACCUGCUAUGAACACGGGGGGCUCCCUACCUGACCUCACCAAUCUGCACUUUCCCCCACCGCUACCCACCCCCCUGGACCCUGAAGAGACAGCUUACCCUAGCCUGAGUGGGGGCAACAGUACGUCUAAUUUGACUCACACCAUGACCUACCUGGGCAUCAGCGGAGGCCUGGGCCUGGGCCCAGGCUAUGAUGUACCAGGACUUCACUCACCUCUCAGCCACCCAUCCCUGCAGUCCUCCCUAAGCAAUCCCAAUCUCCAGGCUUCUCUGAGCAGUCCCCAGCCCCAGCUCCAGGGUUCCCACAGCCAUCCCUCACUGCCAGCCUCCUCCUUGGCCCGCCAUGCACUGCCCACUUCCUCCCUGGGCCAUCCCUCACUCAGUGCCCCUGCCCUUUCCUCCUCCUCCUCUACUUCAUCCCCUGUUCUGGGUGCCCCCCCUUACCCAGCUUCUACCCCUGGGGCCUCUCCCCGCCACCGCCGUGUGCCCCUCAGCCCCCUGAGUUUGCCCACGGGCCCAGCCGACGCCAGAAGGUCCCAACAGCAGCUGCCCAAACAGUUUUCGCCAACAAUGUCACCCACCUUGUCUUCCAUCACUCAGGGCGUCCCCCUGGACACCAGUAAACUGCCCACUGACCAGCGGCUGCCCCCUUACCCCUAUACCUCCCCAAGUCUGGUUCUGCCCACCCAGCCACCCACCCCAAAGCCUCUACAGCAGCAAGGGCUGUCCUCUCAGGCCUGCUCAGUGCAGCUCUCAGGUGGCCAGCCCCCAGGCAGACAGCCGCACUACGCAACAUUAUACACACCUGGGCCCAGUGGGCACAGGCAGCAGUCUUACCACCGACCAAUGAAUGACUUCAGCCUGGGGAACCUGGAGCAGUUCGGCAUGGAGAGCCCAUCAGCCAGCCUGGUGCUGGAUCCCUCUGGCUUUUCCGAAGGGCCUGGAUUUUCAGGGGGAGAAGGUCCAGUAGGUGGCCCCCAGGAUCCCCACACCCUCAACCACCAGAAUUUGACCCAUUGUUCUCGACAUGGCUCAGGGCCUAACAUCAUCCUCACAGAAGACUCCUCUCCAGGUUUCUCUAAGGAGAUCGCAGCGGCCCUGGCCGGAGUGCCUGGCUUUGAGGUGUCCACAGCUGGGUUGGAACUGGGGCUGGGGCUAGAAGACGAGCUGCACAUGGAGCCGCUGGGCCUAGAAGGGCUCAACAUGCUGAGUGACCCCUGUGCCCUGCUGCCUGACCCUGCAGUGGAGGAUUCAUUCCGCAGUGACCGGCUCCAGUGAGGGACUUCAUCACCAUCCCUUUUCUUGGCCCUGUCCUCCAUCACAGUCCCUUUCCUCCCUUCCCCCUGGCCAGUAGAGACUCUACACUUUGCCCCCAGACCCUCUUUCUAGCAUGAACGAAGAAUUCCAAGAAUGAGAAAAAGCAAGGGGUUUGUGCAGGUUGCUUCUGUAUUCUGCACAAGGGGUGGACCUGGGGGAGCUCAAGGGAGGGCCUAAAGCACUUGUAACUUUGAACCAUUUGUAUGGAUGUCAGAGCCUGUUGGAGAGCAGCGUGUAGAGGGGUGCCCUGGAGGCAAGGCUUGUCCGAAUGCCCAGGGGUGAGCAGCGUCAGCCCCUCCUUACCACUCUUCCCUUUGCAGUGGAGGAGAGAGCCAGAGUGGAUAUUAUUUUUUAUUAAUUAUAUUAUAUGUUAAUAAAAAAACUU